CAUGCCUGCACCGUGGAAACGCUCCUGCCUCCGCUUCGUGCGCGCUGCCUGCCGUCUCCCCAGUCUCUCUUUCUACUUUAUUGUGCGUAAGAGCAAUUUCCUCCGCAGCCACACUUCUGUGCGAGGUUCGGUGCAACAAGUUUCGCAGGGAGCCGCAACACGCCGUCUGACAGGCUGACUUGUUUAGAUUUUUUUUUUUUUUUUUCCGCGCUCCACUCAUCUUUCUCUGGCGCUGUCACCACUAAAUCACUGGACGUGAACGCCGCGUCGCAGGCACACACACGCUCUCUCUCACACAUACACGCUCACUCACUAACUCACACACACACACACACAGAGGGAGAACAUCACUGUGCCAUAAAUUCGUGACUGGGCGCCAGAUGCAGUUUGCUCCCCAUAGCGCGUGUAGUUGUAGUUAAAUGGAGAUCGCGGCGGCAAGAGGAGCGUCGGAGUGCGUGGAGAAAAUGGAGAAAGAAGCGGCGCCUCAGAAGCGACAGUGUCACCGCACCACCGCGGUGAACGUUAUCUCGUCUUUAUGUUCGCUGGCGUCCGUCGCCUUCUGCAUCCUGCUGAGCAUCAACGCGGCUGAUAUCAAGAACCGGGUUGUGGAUUUGGAGAGUGGGGACGGCGAGCACGGCUUCAUCCGCGCUCCCGGCUACUCCAUGGAUGAUUUUAAUUCCCUGAUCGAGCAGAGAGUGGACGAGCUGCUCUCUCAGCGCUCCUAUGAGAGUUUUGUCAAGAUCCGGACUGCCAGACAAACGUCACCUGAAUGCAACUGCCCCCCAGGACCUCCGGGAAAGAGAGGAAGAAGAGGCCGCAAUGGAGAACCUGGACCUCCUGGCCCUCCAGGUCCGAAGGGUGAAAAGGGGGAUCAAGGCGACCAGGGACCACGGAUGGUCUUCCCUAAGAUCAAUCAUGGCUUUCUUUCCGCUGACCAGCAGCUCAUUAAGCGGCGUCUCAUUAAGGGAGAUCAAGGGCAAGCAGGACCGCCUGGGCCUCCGGGGCCGCCAGGCCCUCCUGGGCCAAGGGGGCCUCCAGGGGACACAGGGAAGGAUGGGCCCAGAGGUGUACCUGGUCUACCAGGUGAUCCGGGGCAGCCUGGAGAGACGGGACUCAUGGGGCCUGAGGGGCCAGAAGGGCCGAAGGGUUCUCUCGGACCUCCAGGCCUCCCAGGUGUUGACGGACUGAAGGGGGAUGUUGGCAUCCCAGGAUUGGACGGUAUCCCUGGAGUCAAGGGUGAAAUGGGAGAGCGAGGUGAAAAGGGCGACAUGGGCGACGAAGGGCCGAAAGGUGAUUUUGGAGAGAAGGGAGAUGCCGGCUCCUCUGCUGCAGGCAUCAAGGGCGAACCUGGAGAGCCUGGACGAAGCGGACACAAGGGAGAGCCAGGACUUCCAGGGCUGCCUGGACUCCCAGGGAUAAAGGGUGAGCCUGGAUUCCUCGGUCCCCAGGGAGAGCCGGGGCUUCCAGGACUCCCAGGAACUAAGGGUGAGAGAGGCGACCACGGCCCCCCAGGAAAGGGUGAACGAGGAGAACUUGGACCCAUUGGCCCAAAGGGCUCACAAGGAGAGGCCGGUGCACCUGGUUCUAAAGGGUCAAAGGGGGAGACUGGAGAUAAAGGAGACUUGGGAUCUGUCGGCCCGAGGGGGCCCCCCGGGCAGAAAGGAGACCAGGGAGCCACUGAAAUCAUCGACUACAACGGAAACAUUCAGGAGGCUUUACAGAAGAUUACCACUAUUACAGUAACGGGUCCUCCUGGACCUCAAGGGCCGAUGGGACCGCAGGGCACUAAGGGGGAUCGUGGUAUGCCUGGUCUCCCUGGACUCGACGGUGAAAGAGGCUACAAGGGUUCCAAAGGAGACAUGGGAAUGCCUGGAGCUUCAGGAGAGAAAGGGACCACUGGUUUACCUGGCCUUCCUGGUGUCAACGGGUUCAAAGGGGACAAGGGAGAUUCAGGUCUACCAGGUCCUCAGGGUCCCUCAAUCAGCGGUCCUCCAGGACCACCAGGGCCCCAUGGACCCCCAGGACCCAUGGGCCCCCAUGGUUUCCCUGGACCCAAGGGGGAACCCGGUUUGCACGGUGUGAAGGGCAUUCGAGGGGAACCAGGACACAAAGGGGACCGCGGACCACUGGGUCUCCCCGGAGCCUCCGGCUUGGACGGCAAGCCCGGAAUUAGGGGCAUGGAUGGGCCUCCAGGCCUCGCUGGUCCAGCUGGGCCGAAGGGCGACAUAGGUGAGAAAGGAGCACAAGGCGAGCCCGGCCCAAGAGGACCGUAUGGACUACCAGGAGCUGCUGGAACACCAGGCCUGGAUGGGUUGCCGGGCUUAAAGGGGGAGACAGGCGACGUUGGGGAAAGAGGCGAAAAGGGGGAGAAGGGAAAGAAGGGCAAAAAAGGGCCUAAGGGCGAGAAAGGAGAACAGGGUGCCCCUGGAUUAGAUGCACCCUGCCCAUUGGGCCCGGAUGGAUUACCGAUGCCUGGUUGCUGGCAGAAGUGAUCGCUCUAACCUGAAACGCAUGGAGUUUGUAAAUAAUGCUUCUUUUAUGGUAUUUAUAGUUUUUUUUAAUGGAUGAAAAAAAAAAGUCUAAAAGAAAAGAAGUCUAUGUGUACGAUGAUACAAAAAAAAAAAAAGAGAUAACCGUCCCCAAGCUGCUUCUACUCACAUCACCGUGUGGAAAACAAAAAAAACAAAACGUGUGUGUGCCGCUCUCUCACAUCCACAUCGUGGUGGAGUUCAGAUCCUCGGCUGGCGGCAGAACUUGUCUCUGCAGUCUCUGCAUGGCUCAGACUGGAGCGUCGCAGCCCCGGCCAGAUUCACAGGAGGAGGAGGAGGAGGAGGAGGAGGAGGAGGAGGAGGAGGAUCUGGACUGGCUCUCUAACACCAAAACGCUAGGUGUUCUGUGUUGUCUCGUCUCAACAAGCUCACCACCCCAUUCAUGCGGCGCCAUUUUCUAAAAGACUAAAAAAAAGCAAAAGAAAAAAGACCGUGCCGAACAGGACAUUGCACCCCUGACCCUGCAAAAGCAUGAGUAGUGUACUGAAACUAUAUUUAUAUGUAUUGUACAUACAUGUCACUGUUUUGUGGUUGCGUCAUGGCUUCUGCAGAAAAGAAAAACAACACUAACAUGAAUCAAACGACAGCCAGAAUCCAGAGCUCUGAAUUAGUAAUUGUUUUUGCUUUCCUUUAAUCUUCCCAAGGGAGUCACACCGUGGCUGGUAGCCUGAAACCCCCCAGAGAGUAAAGCUGUUGGUUAUUGUUGCUUUAUUUUGGUGUUGCCUUGCAAGAGGGUAUGAUAUCAGCGGGUGGUCACUUGUUGCACUCAUGCUGCUGAGCAUCAUCAUCAUCAUCAUCAUCAUCAUCAUCAUCAUCAUGGUCAAGUGCGGCGCCCCCGACCCACCAACAGCCACACGUCUCCCCGGACACGAGAGGGAGAAGCUGAAUGAGAACGAAUGAGGCUCAGGUGGAUCGGAGGAGGGACAGGCCUGCUCGGGGAUCCCACGCCUCCGACCUUCCCUCUGAGCACGGGACGGGAUUCUGCAGGAGAGUCUCCACGAGCUCCGUCACCUGGAGCCUCCGCCUCUCCUGACAGGCUCCGCCUCCUGCAGGUCUACUGAGAGUGUAAACAGAAUGCAGUCAUGUUUUUAUUAUUUUUAUUAUUUUAUUUCCUUCUUUAUUUUGUUUUUGCCGGGAUUCUUUAACAUUGUUUAUAUUUUGUGUAUAAUAGCCUUUGGUGCCUCAAGCUUUUAUUCAUUCCUUUAUCAGAAAUGUACAACUUUAUAUCAUCUUUUGAAUUAUUGGAAUGCUGUUUGUUUCAGAUGGGUAAGCUUCGAAGAAAAAGACACACAUUGCGCACUGUUUUUCACAUGAAGUGUUUGGGGGUUUUUUUUCCAGGAUGAUGAAAUAGCACGUAGCAUCCAUCACGACUGUGAUGCUGCUCGUGGUUUUUGAAGAAGCUCAUUGUCGGCGCAGCGUUGUCACAAAUAUGCUACUUGUUCGUCCUGGACACCUGGUGCAGGAUGUUUAUUGUACAGUGUUGUCAGUUCACUGCAUGUUCACACUUUAUUACUCAUGGAUUUCUUAAAUAUUGAAGCUAAGCAUUGGUUUGAGCGAGUGUAUCAGAUGCUGAACAUCCAGUUUUACAGAUUAAAGGGGCACCGUGUAGUUCUGGAGAAGAAAUUCAAACGCAGAGUUUAAAUGUUUAUGAUAUUAGUGAGGUUAUUUUACAAACUCAGAAAUAUUUAUGUUUGGCAUAACUGAGUAAACAAGCCAGUCAGAAGACUGUGUGAUGCUAGAAAGAUGGCAGGGUCCGCCACAUAUAAACAAAGUAUAAAUUGAGUUGUUCUUUGAGGUCAGUUUGUUUGUUCAGUUUAUUCAGUCAUGGAAGGAAAAGACAGUUUGUUUACUUAGUUUGUUUAAGAAUAAAAAUGUAAAAUGUCUUCCCCAAAAACUCCACAGUGCUCCUUUAAGGCCGACUGCGUUAAACAGUUGCAUUACACUGCUUUUUUUUUUUUUUUUUACACCUCGUUUCUCGUCUUAAACAUCCAGAAAACGUGUUACAGUGCAACAAAAGCUCAAGUUGACUAACACAGUCUGAUACGGCCAGUUAUGUCACAUUCCAUAUCAGAUGGAGCAAAAGAAAGUGGAGCAGCAGGUCGCCGUAGUUUAUUCACAUCCUCACGUUUCUUAUAUUCAGAUUGCCUUUUCAGACGGAGUCGGUGCUCUGCGAGGCGAUACUUCUUUUUCUUUAACGUUAGAAAUAUGCAUGAAUGAUUGAUGUGAAAAACCAACAUUUUGUUGUGAUGUAGCAGCAACCACAGGCGGACGGAAGACGACUCGUUCCCGCGCGGUUUCUGUCCGAUUGUACAGCUCAUCUCACCGUUCUAAAGAAAUGGAUGCACAUCUGUAUAGAUUAUAUUGGUGCUAUCUGAUAGCAGGUCAACAGCAGCUCAGUUGAUGCGCUCUACCAGUGGCAAGAACUACACAACAGGUUUCUUUAUUGUUGUUGGGUUUUUAUUAAUAUUUUUUUUUAUGUAUGUAACAAUUUAAAGGGUUUUUUGUGCGUACAUUUGUGUAUUUGUCUCAGUAUUUUAAGUGGUACAUUAUUUAUUUUUCUAUGAUUUUCUUAAAUGAAGGCAUUGUGGUUCUAAACAGCAUUCCUUUCACUCGUCUUUCGAUGUCAGUUUCCGCUGCGUCGCUGUUGGUUUUAAUGAAGAAUUCUGCCGUCGUGGGGAAAAAAAAAAAAGUUAUGCAAAAAGCCGACGCAGUGUGAGGGGAAGGUGGACAUUCACAAACUACAGACCGCUCGGUGCGUUUCUCUCUGUGCAUUUACUUCAGCUCAUAGGCCUUACAACGGAACACAUCUGCUUUUUUAUUUAAUUUUGUGUGUUGGAAAAAGGCGAACUAUGACAACAAAGUACUGAUGGCCUGAAUGUUGACGGGCCCAGCCAAUGCAACUGCGUAACAGUCAAACAUCACAGCUUUGUAUCACGCUCUCUCUACUCUCUCUUCUCUCUGUCGCUCUCUCUUUACAUUGAAUGUAGUUUGAUAUAUGUAUAGUGGAUUAUUAAUGUACUGUUUAAAAAAAAAAAAAGUGUGCUCAUUUGACAAGAAGUGCAAUUUAUACUUUGGUUGAUGUGCGUAGCAUCAAACGCGGCUGGUGGUGGUUUCUAUAUCUCCGUGUGCUCAGUCGUGCUGCCCUGUGUACCACUACCUGGAAACAACAUGCGUGUUUACCACCACACAAAGAAAAACACAUGUACACAGCUUUCAUUCAAAAUAUCAACUUCUGAUUGGUUUCCUCAAAUACGUCCCUCCCUCCACUCAUGUUGUCACGUUAUUUCCAUUACUUAUAUUCACUAAAUAGUUUUGUUCUUUUUUAUUUUGUGUUUUGAUUUCCAGCCUUUGUUACAGCGUUUGUUUUCACAGACUGCUGUAUCUUUAGCAUGAGCAGCUAAUUUUUUAAAAUCGAUUUAUCUUUUUUUUUAUUGGACUGUUUUUAUUUUCUGUUUGUUUGUUGUGUUUAAUUGUUCAAGUGUCACAUUUUGUGUAUUCUGCUGUUAGCAGAAGUGCCAAAACAUUUAUUCCAUAUCAGUAUUAUCAGAGCUGAUGAGGGGGCUCACUGAUGGCGCCACGCUGAAGAGCUCUGAGUCCAGUUUUCCUCCAGCAUGCACCCUCGAGCCACACCGCACUGUCAGAUUAAAAGUGCUGGUGUUGGAUAUUUGACAAACUCACUCUCAGACUCUCUGAUCAGAACUCGGACACUCCCACACAGUCUGUUCCCUCUGAUGCACCACAGCCUUACUGGAAUAUGACUAUUUUUUGCCACAUACUCUCAAGUACCGUUUGACAUUUUCUUUGAAGACCCUCGUGUACACACACUACUUUUAUUUCAAGGUGACAUUUCAUAUGACUGUACUGUUGGAGCCAAAUAAACACAGUCUUUCAAAUACA